AUGGCGGGGACGCCAAAUGAGUGUUACGCCACUGAGCUGCAUCCCAGCCUGGUGACACCACUCAGUAAAGAGGAUUGGGAAAAGGACGGGAAGGCAAAUCGGCCACAAAAGGCGAGUUUUCACGACUGCCGGACAAAGGAAAGCCGAGCGCACCUCCACACAGUCGCAACUCCGCUCUCUGGAGCAGCUCGCGACUUCAGCACCACGGAGAGCGGCACCUCCUCCUCGGCCACCCGUGGGGAGCCAGAUCCCUGCGACUCAGCCCAGGAUUCGGGUCAUCUAGAGGAGGGACAAUUCUGCAUGUUCUACUCUCAAUUCAUUCAGAACUUAACAGACAGUGCCUCUGAUGUUAGCUGCUUCCUCUACCAAACUGUUGGCGUCACUGACAGCAGAACUAGCCCCUCGGAGCUGGUUUACUUCAGAACUGACACCUGGUUGGGGAGCAACACCUUCAAAAGCAUGCAGCGCAGGCACACCACCUUGAGGGAGAAGGGGCGGCGCCAGGCCAUCCGGGGGCCCGCUUACAUGUUCAACGAGAAGGGCACCAGCCUGACGCCUGAGGAGGAGCGCUUCCUGGACUCGGCUGAAUAUGGCAACAUACCAGUGGUCAGGAAAAUGCUGGAGGAGUCCAAGACCCUCAAUUUUAACUGUGUGGACUACAUGGGGCAGAAUGCCCUGCAGCUGGCUGUGGGCAAUGAGCACCUGGAGGUCACGGAACUGCUGCUGAAGAAGGAGAACUUGGCACGAGUGGGCGACGCGCUGCUGCUGGCCAUCAGCAAGGGCUAUGUGCGCAUUGUGGAGGCCAUCCUCAACCACCCAGCCUUCGCGCAGGGUCAGCGCCUGACGCUCAGCCCGCUGGAGCAGGAGCUGCGGGACGACGACUUCUACGCCUACGACGAGGAUGGCACGCGCUUCUCCCACGACAUCACACCCAUCAUCCUGGCGGCGCACUGCCAGGAGUACGAGAUCGUGCACAUCCUGCUGCUCAAGGGCGCGCGCAUCGAGCGGCCCCACGACUACUUCUGCAAGUGCAACGAGUGCACAGAGAAGCAACGCAAGGACUCCUUCAGCCACUCGCGCUCGCGCAUGAACGCCUACAAAGGGCUGGCCAGCGCCGCCUACCUGUCCCUGUCCAGCGAAGACCCUGUCCUCACUGCGCUGGAGCUAAGCAAUGAGUUAGCCAGACUGGCCAACAUUGAAACUGAAUUCAAGAACGAUUACAGGAAGUUAUCUAUGCAAUGCAAGGAUUUUGUGGUGGGCGUGCUGGACCUGUGCCGAGACACAGAAGAGGUGGAAGCCAUUUUAAAUGGGGAUGUGAACUUCCAAGUCUGGUCCGACCACCACCGUCCAAGUCUGAGCCGGAUCAAACUCGCCAUUAAAUACGAAGUCAAGAAGUUCGUUGCUCACCCUAACUGUCAGCAGCAAUUACUUACCAUGUGGUAUGAAAAUCUCUCAGGCUUACGGCAACAGUCUAUCGCUGUGAAAUUCCUGGCUGUCUUUGGAGUCUCCAUAGGCCUCCCUUUUCUCGCCAUAGCCUAUUGGAUUGCUCCGUGCAGCAAGCUAGGACGAACUCUGAGGAGCCCCUUCAUGAAGUUUGUAGCCCAUGCGGUGUCGUUUACAAUCUUCUUGGGACUGUUAGUUGUGAAUGCAUCCGACCGGUUUGAGGGGGUUAAGACCCUGCCCAAUGAGACCUUCACAGACUACCCCAAACAGAUCUUCAGAGUGAAAACCACGCAGUUCUCCUGGACGGAGAUGCUCAUCAUGAAGUGGGUCUUAGGAAUGAUCUGGUCGGAAUGCAAGGAGAUCUGGGAGGAGGGGCCGCGGGAGUACGUGCUGCACCUGUGGAACCUGCUGGAUUUCGGCAUGCUCUCCAUCUUCGUGGCUUCCUUCACCGCCAGGUUCAUGGCCUUCCUCAAGGCCAGCGAGGCCCAGCUGUACGUGGACCAGUACGUGCAGGACCUAACGCUGCACAACGUCUCACUUCCGCCGGAAGUGGCCUACUUCACCUACGCCAGGGACAAAUGGUGGCCUUCAGACCCCCAGAUCAUUUCAGAAGGGCUGUACGCCAUAGCGGUGGUGCUCAGCUUCUCUCGAAUUGCCUACAUCCUGCCAGCCAACGAGAGCUUCGGGCCCUUGCAGAUCUCCCUGGGAAGGACUGUGAAAGACAUCUUCAAGUUCAUGGUCAUUUUUAUCAUGGUAUUUGUGGCCUUCAUGAUUGGCAUGUUCAACCUGUACUCCUACUACCGAGGUGCGAAGUUCAACCCAGCAUUUACCACAGUUGAAGAAAGCUUUAAAACCUUGUUUUGGUCCAUAUUUGGCUUGUCUGAGGUGAUCUCGGUGGUGCUGAAAUACGACCACAAAUUCAUUGAGAACAUUGGCUACGUGCUGUAUGGCGUCUACAACGUCACCAUGGUGGUUGUGCUGCUCAACAUGCUGAUAGCCAUGAUCAACAACUCCUAUCAGGAAAUCGAGGAAGACGCGGACGUGGAAUGGAAAUUUGCUCGAGCGAAGCUCUGGCUUUCUUACUUCGAUGAAGGCAGAACUCUACCUGCUCCUUUUAACCUAGUGCCAAGUCCAAAAUCCUUUUAUUAUCUCAUAAUGAGAAUCAAGAUGUGCCUCGUAAAGCUCUGCAAAUCCAAGGCCAAAAGCUGUGAGAAUGACCUGGAAGUAUGCAUCUUUCUUUCUUUGUUCUAGAAGACUCGCUACCAGGCGGGCAUGAGGAAUUCUGAAAAUCUGACAGCAAACAACACUUUCAGCAAACCCACCAGAUACCAGAAAAUCAUGAAGCGGCUCAUAAAGAGAUACGUGCUGAAGGCCCAGGUAGACAGAGAAAAUGACGAAGUCAACGAAGGUGAACUCAAAGAAAUCAAGCAAGACAUCUCCAGCCUUCGCUAUGAGCUUCUUGAAGAGAAGUCGCAAGCUACGGGCGAGCUGGCAGACCUGAUCCAACAACUCAGUGAGAAAUUUGGGAAGAACUUAAACAAGGACCACCUUCGGGUGAACAAGGGCAAGGACAUUUAG